ACAUCAUCAGUGAGUCAUAUUACGGUUCAUAUCUGUUUCCUCAAAUCACAAUUCUCCCCAUUUAUGGUGCGGACCAGAGGGCACCUAUUUCAGGUACUAGCUCACUGCCGCUGUGGGUAGAGACUUCUGUCAGCUUAGAAUUAAUUAGACCAGAGAUCAUUUUCUUCCCAGUAAUAACUUUUUGUGAUUAUAUGAUUAGAUUUCUGUGCUUGUGUGUGAGUGCAUUAUUUGAUUAUCAGCCCAUGUUUAUUCAAGAUGCAAAGCUAGCCUAACGAGUCAAGAUCUGCAUACGAGAGCGAGAGAGAUUCUAAAAUGGACUUGAAGUGUUUACUGCUGUAGUCUUUAAUUAAUAUAGUCCUUCAGGAUUUAUCAAACACUUCUAUAAUCAUCCCUAACAAUAUUUGUGAUUAUCUAAGACCAUGGGUGACCAAACUGGGGGAAAAAAUGGCGACCACAGUGAUUUGUACGGGUUAAAGAUUUCUGAUUUACUCAACCACCUGCCUCUGAGGAAGACGCCCCCUAGUGGUCAUCUCCCCGUCCGUCUGGUCAUCCUGGGAAACGCCUCCAGUGUCCAUGGAAACGUACGCAGACAAGCUCUCCUCCCAGACUCCAUCCAGAGACUCUCUGGUCCUCAGUACAGGAGGCGUCAUCACCAGACACAACCCUACAAGACCCCUGCUCCUAACCCAGCCCUCCACACCUCUAACCCCACCCAGGGCUGCACCCCUGCAGCUCAGACCUGCGUGGGAAACAAACCUCCCUGUUCCCUGUCACCCGAUUCGUUCUUCUUGCCCUAUCUGGCGGCGAGACAGACGGAGCUGUGCUGUGAUUCGCUGUCCUCGAUCAGGGAGCUGCUCCUGAAGGGGGAGUUGUGUCCGGAUGUGGGCGGGGUUUGUGAGAGGAGCGAGCAGAGACGAAGUGAACCAUGGAGGCGGGAACCUGUCCGAAGGAGGUGUGGCCAGCCAGGUCUAGCUGUAGUAAGUGGGCGGUACUUUGAGGACAUCAGGGAGCUUCAGUGGAUGUUGUAUAAGAGGCUCGUGUGGACGCUGCCUAGCCUGCGUAGUGGUCAGAGAGACCGAGGUGUCCUGACCAGGACCCUGAGCCACUCGGCUGACACCUCUCUGCUCUGCUGCCCUCCUCUGGUCUGUCGGACUAACAUCUACUACUCUGCUUUCUCACCGCCCAGAUGAACACUCAGAAACCACACACCCACACAGUCACACACACAGUCAGUACAGUCACCCUGUUGGAACAUUCACAGGUUCAAACUCCACAAUCUCCUAUUUCACAAACAAAUAAACAAACAUCAUUAAAAGACGUGACACAGACUAGAUUGCGAUUUCACUUCAAACAUUCAGCAAUCAUUUUGUUCUCACAUGUUUGGUGCGUA